AUGUCGAUUCAAAUUGUCUCCGACUUGCAUCUUGAGGCGCCAAAGGCCUACGAUGUUUUCGAAAUCGUCCCUCAAGCACCAUACCUGGCCCUGCUUGGCGAUAUCGGGAACAUUGCUGCUCACAGGGAUGAGUGUCGCGCAUUCCUGACACGGCAACUUCAAAACUUCCGCGCCGUAUUCUUUGUGCCUGGCAAUCACGAAGCCUACCACUCCAGCUGGCCCGAAACCCUCUGUCUUCUCCGAUCCUUUGAACAAGAAGUCGGCCAAGACGAUUCAAUUGGUGAUUUCGUUCUCCUGGAUCGAACUGCGUAUCGGGUGCCCGGCUCCAACGCCGUCAUCCUGGGCUGCAGUCUCUUCUCACUCGUGCCGCCUGAAAGCGAGAUGCAAGUGAGCAUGGGCCUCAACGAUUUCUUCCAAACCAGCGACUGGGACGUGGAAGCCCACAACGAGGCCCACAGACGGGAUGUAGCCUGGCUCAACGCCCAGGUCGCAGAGCUCGAGCGUUCCGACGUCAAGAUUGUCAUCUUUUCGCACUGGAAUCCGUCGAGAGACGGACGCUCCAUCGACCCGAGGUUUGCGCAAAGUCCAAUCACGUCGGGUUUUGCGACGGACCUGUCAGGAGAGCUGUGCUUCAGGAGCAAGAACGUCAAGAUAUGGGCGUUUGGUCACACGCAUUACAACUGCGAUUUUAGAGUCGAGCGGGGAGGUGGCGCCGAGCCGCUGAGGCUGAUUGCGAAUCAGCGAGGAUAUUAUUUCCAGCAAGCGGCAGGAUUCGACGGUACAAAGGUCAUUGAAAUGUAG